AUGUCAGAGGAUUGCAAGGACAACUUCAACUUGACAACCACAGCCGACUUACUUCAGAGGUUAGGGUUCAUCAUAAAACACGACAAGUCUCAGUUUGUCCCAUCGCACCAGUUGACUUACCUCGGGUUCCUCAUCAACUCAUCAACCAUGACUUUGUCCCUGCUGACAGAGAAAGUACACAAGAUCAUGACACAUUGCCGAGAUGUUCUGCAAGCAAAAGACUUGACGGUGAGAGAUCUGGCCAAGCUCAUUGGCCGCCUAUCAUCGAGCAUUCAGGCAGUCUUUCCGGCACCACUGUUCUACCGCAGCCUACAACAGGACAAAGGGAUUGCCCGGCACAGAGAAAACUCUUACGAGACCGAGGUGAUUCUUUCUCCAGCUUCUCGAACCGAACUGGAAACCUGGAUAAGCUGCAUCAGGUUGUGGAACAGCCAAACACUUCUCAACCCAACUCCAGACUUAAUGAUUCAGACGGACGCAUCACUCUGGGGUUGGGGUGCCUGCCUAGGAAAGGUGCAGUGCGGGGGCAGAUGGUCUCUACAAGAGCAGUCCUUGCACAUAAACAACCUCGAACUACAUGUACUCGCAGUGUUUUAUGCCCUCAAGUCCCUAGUGAGCCAGCAACGGAACAUUCACAUCCGCGUACAGGUGGACAACAUGACGGCCCUGUCGUACAUCAAUCACAAAGAUGGCACGCACUCCCACGUACUGUCAAGUCUGGCAGUACAGAGAUGGACAUGGUGUUUAGCCAAGCACUUGACACUGUCAGCAGAAUACCUUCCAGGGGUUCAAAAUACAGUAGCCGACAAUCUGUCCCGAGUGUUCAGUGACAGAACAGAAUGGCAACUACUUCCGGGUGUUUUCCAGGAGGUCACACAGAUGAUGGGGUUCUGCCCAUCUGUAGAUCUGUUUGCAUCCCGUCUCAACACACACCUUCCACGGUUUGUGUCAUGGCUACCCGACCUUCUAGCCUGGCGGGUAGACGCAUUCACCAUCAACUGGAAAAACCUAGAGGGUUACUUGUUUCCCUCGUUUGCACUGCUUGCAAAAUGUCUGCAAAAGAUUUUUGUAGAAAAAGCCUUAGUCCUUCUGAUAGCUCCAGUGUGGAAAACACAGCCUUGGUACCCACGGCUAUUAGAACUCGCAGUAGAAACGCCGGUGCUAUUUCCACGUCAGCUGGACCGUUUCAGGCCAUGUCACAACGGCCAAUAUCACGCAAUGCGGAAAACCUUGCAGCUAGCCGCAUGGAAGCUAUCGGGCGAUCCGUGUCAGCAAGAGGUUUUUCGCAGCAAGUGUCCUCCGUCAUCUUAUCAUCAUGGCGCAGUGGCACCAACGCCCAGUUUAAUUCAGCUUGGCACCGAUGGAACCACUGGUGUGUUCGACGGCAACUUGAUCCUGUUCGAGCACCUCUAG